GGGGGCGGGUCCGGGCGGGCGGACGGUGGCCGGGCAGGGCCAAGAGAGGAGGGUUGGCGGCAGGACCGGCCGCUGGGCGGGCGACGGAGCGGAGCCGGGGACCCGGAGACAUGCGCUCCUCCACGCGCGUCACCCUCGUCGCCGCCUUCCUCCUGUGCGGCCUCGGCUCGGCCGAAGAGCACGCGGACGGCCGCCCCCGGGGCGGCCGUCUGGACCGGAGCACGGUGCAGGACAAAGACCACAUCCUGGAGCACCUAGACGGCGUCAUCGACAAGCCCGAGGCCGAGAUGUCCCCUCAGGAGCUCCAGCUCCACUACUUCAAGAUGCACGACUACGACGGCAACGACCUGCUGGAUGGGUUGGAGCUGGCCACGGCCAUCAGCCACGUCCACAAGGAGGAAGGGAGCGAGCGGGUGCACGUGAUGCGGGAGGAAGAGCUGACCGGCCUGAUCGACGACGUCCUCCGGGACGACGACAAGAACGACGACGGCUACAUCGACUACGCGGAGUUCGCCAAGUCCCUGGAGUAGGCGGCCCCGCGCCCGCUCCAGGCAGGGGCGUCCGUCCGCUCGGCGGGUCGGCGUGCCCCCCCGCCCCCUCCCCCGGUCGGAACCGCCCGUCGGACCGGCCGGAUCCGGAACCCCGAGGCCCCCGACCCGAGUGGGUCUGCGGGGGAAGGCCCGUGCCCGGUCUCAGGUGAGCCGGGGUGGACGUCGGUGUCGCCCCGUCGCGCCUUUCGCUGUUUUUCCUUUUAAAGGACUCCCGCCCUGAC